AUGCGAAGCUUUGAUAACGAAUCUUCGACAAUAGUGUCAGAAUCAUUUCUAGAAAAGCAGCCUUCAUUAGGUACAGUUCAAAAACCACCAACUUCAUCUCGACAAUGUUCACCAAUCUUGCGUAUUUUUGUCAUUUUUAUUACAUCACUCUUUAUCGUUGCUGGCAUUGCUUUAACUAUAAGAGCUAUUACAUUACCUUCAUGGCAGGUAGUUCAUCUUUUUGAAUACAACUCAGUGCAUGAGCAUGGUUUAUGGCUGGACUGUACAAGACAUAGCCGUGAAGAGAGACCCAUUUUGAGAAGAUAUUACACAGAAAGUGAACCUCUAAACUGUGUUUACAAGUGGGACUACGAUGAUAGUACACGUUCUGUUAUUGAAAGUAGCGAUGACACAAAUCCCGUAAGUGAAGUCAACAGACAUCGAUUCUACGGUUGGCAAAUGGCCACACUCAUAUUAUUGGCAUUAGCAAUCUUAACAUCUGUUGUAUCACUUUUUAUCGCUUGUUGCUCAUAUACUUACCGUUUUCUUGCACUUAUUUUCACAACGACAACAUUACUGAACUUUUUUCUAACUGCGAUCGCUGGAGGUGUCUUUUUUUUUUACUCUCAUCGCGCAGAUAAUAGGUUCAUUAAUGGUAUUGUUGGCACUUAUGAACAACGAGUUGGCUUAGCAUUUUAUCUGGAACUUGCAGCAUGCCUUAGUCACUUUCUUGCAUUUCUUCUCAGCAUUCUGUUUGCAUUUUUGUCACUUUCAAAUGCUCCUGCAAAGCAGCAAUAUGGAUCAAAUCUGAAUCAGACAACGAACACAAUACCAUCAUCAUUAGUUUAUCAUGGCAAUAAAGAUGCAAUCAUUCGUACGCCUCCACAGUAUACGAAUUAUGAGAUGAGCUAUAGCAAACUUCCAACUUCAAGCCUUCAGGAUAUAUCAACACCGAUCCUAAGACGAGGUAGCGAGACAUGUGUUUAA